AUGUCCGCCGCCGAUAGACUAAACCAAACCAGCGACAUCCUAAGCGAGUCGAUCCAAGCAGUUGAGCACCCGUUCAAAGUGACCGUGAUCGGGUCCGGUAACUGGGGUACCACGAUCUCCAAAGUGGUGGCCGAGAACGCGGCUCUAAGACCACACUUGUUUGCGCGCCGCGUCGACAUGUGGGUCUUCCAAGAGGAAGUUAACGGCCAGAAGCUCACGGACAUCAUCAACACAAAACACGAGAACGUCAAGUACCUGCCGGGCAUCGAGCUGCCUGAGAACUUGGUCGCAAACCCAGACCUUCUGGACGCGGUCAAGGACGCCGACAUCUUGGUGUUCAACAUUCCACACCAGUUUUUACCCCGUAUCGUGUCGCAACUCCAGGGCAAGGUUAAGAAGGACGCGCGUGCUAUCUCGUGUCUGAAGGGUUUCGACGUGUCGAAGGACGGUGUCAAACUGCUCUCCACCUACGUGACCGACAAGCUCGGUAUCACCUGCGGUGCGCUUUCCGGGGCCAACCUUGCGCCAGAGGUGGCAAAGGAGAACUGGUCCGAGACCACUGUCGCGUACCAGAUCCCCAAGGACUUCAAGGGCGAGGGCAAAGACGUUGACCACGCCGUGCUCAAGGCUUUGUUCCACAGACCUUACUUCCACGUUAACGUCAUCGACGAUGUUGCAGGCAUUUCUGUCGCCGGUGCGCUAAAGAACGUUGUCGCCUUGGGUUGCGGUUUCGUCGAGGGUCUUGGCUGGGGUAACAACGCCUCUGCCGCCAUCCAAAGAGUGGGUCUCGGCGAGAUCAUCAAGUUUGGCCAGCUCUUCUUCCCUGACUCCAAGGUCGAGACAUACUACCAAGAGUCCGCCGGUGUUGCCGACUUGAUCACAACCUGCUCUGGUGGCAGAAACGUGAGGGUUGCAACCCACAUGGCCAAGACCGGCAAGUCUGCCGAGGAGUGUGAAAAAGAGCUGUUGAACGGCCAAUCCGCCCAGGGUAUUCACACCUGUAAGGAGGUGCACGAAUGGUUGGAGGCCAGCGGUAAGGUCGACGAGUUCCCAUUGUUCGAGGCCGUCUACCAGAUCGUCUACGAGAACGCCUCCAUGGAGACCCUACCAGACAUGAUUGAGGAUUUGGAAGGUGUCAACGUCCGCAGCGACGCCGAGGAGAAGCAAUAA